UGGGCCAAACGCAGGCUGGUGGGACUAGCGUAAAUGGGGCAUUUUGGUCGGCAUGGACAAGUUGGGCUGAAGGGCCUAUUUCCAUGCUGGUAUAACUAUGACUAUAUUCAAUGGUCUGGACUUUUAAUGAAUGGUGAAUUGAGGCCACAUGCAUGACCGUCGCUCCCUGGUCAAUCCAGGUGGAAAUGUGCUGUUUAAGUUGGCUCCUAUUGUGUACAUCUACCCAAUCUAUUCUUCCCAUGAUUUUGUGCACGUCUAUAAGAUCUCCCCUCAUCCUCCUGCGCUCCAAAGAAUAAAUCUUGUGUUGCAAGUACACCCGAUGAUGCCCAAAACAAUGGGUGUCCACCAUCUCACACUCUUCUUCUGUGUCUUGUCCAAAAUGAAAAGGAACUACAUUUCAUUCAUUGCCAUUUUUGCUUGUGUUCCACAGCCAGUGAAGCCAUUUGAAAUCACUGUGACCGCCCUGGGUGGUAAUUCAUUACGACUAACGGCCGACAUUUAUUUCAAGGUGUCUGAGCUCAAGUGCUACAUUCAGCAAAAGUGGACCAUUCCAGUCUCCCAGCAACGCCUGGUAUUCAGUGGCACCAUUUUGGAUGAUGGCAAGACAUUGUUGGAUGCCAUGAUCUUCUUUGAUGCAACGAUCCAGCUUCUCGUCACCAUAGGUAUAUUUGUCAAUUACAAUGGGAGUAAAGUGCCAAUUCAGGUUUUACUAAACGACACGGUUUCAAGUUUAAAAACUAUUGAACCACUGAAGACCCUCCAACCAAGCCAGUACUACUUGACCUUUCAAUCUCGCCCACUUGAAGAUGACCGUACACUGGGCUAUUAUAACAUUAAUCAACAAUCUAUCAUCGAUGUCAACCUGCGACUGCGUGGUGGCAGCGAACUCCAAUGUUUUAAUGCAAAUUCAAUGUUUCUGCCUUCUCCCCAUAUCAUGUGAUUCCGCUAUUUUUAAGAGCUCUAUCUAGCUCUCUCUUGAAAGCAUCCACAGAACCUGCCUCCACCGCCCUCUGAGGCAGAGAAUUCCACAGACUCCCCACUCUCUGUGAGAAAAGUGUUUCCUCGUCUCCGUUCUAAAUGGGCGACCCCUUAUUCUUAAACUGUGUAUGUGUGGCCCCUGGUUCUGGAUUCCCCCAACAUCGGGAACACGUUUCCUGCCUCUAGUGUGUCCAAGCCCUUAACAAUCUUAUAUGUUUCAAUGAGAUUCCCUCUCAUCCUUCUAAACUCCAGAGUAUACAAGCCCAGCUGCUCCAUUCUCUCAGCAUAUGACAGUCCCGCCAUCCCAGGAAUUAACCUUGUAAACCUACGCUGCACUCCCUCAAUAGCAAGAAUGUCCUUCCUCAAAUUAGGGCGAUUCAGCAUGUUCAUCCCCACACGAGGGGCAGUAGAUAAGGUUGUUUGGUGCUUUGUAACUUGGUCGGUGACAGAUAGGUGGGGACACUCGUGUACAGCCUAGGUUGUGUGCAAAACAAAGCAUUUCACUGUACCGAGGUUCCCUACCCUGAUAGGUACAUGUAACAAUAAAAUAUCAUUCAUUCAUUCAAUCAUUCAUUCAUUCAUUCAUUCAUUCAUUCAUUCGUGCAGUCUCAGUUCACAUUCCCCACACCCCUCAGACCUCAACAAACAUGCUCAACACUCAGCUCUCUAUCUGGGCAGUUUAAACUCUAUUUACAACCUUCACCUUGUGCACACACUUACAAUGUUCAAAUGACAAUGUGGAUGUCCACAACUACUGAUUUUCAAACUGUGGACGAUAAAAAUAAUAUCCUUUCUUACUUCAUUUUGAUCGGAAUUGAACAAGGUAACGAAAGUGUGUGCGGAGGUGGCAAUUGGCAUCUCUCGUUGACCAGGUGCAGAAGAGGAUUGUGACAAUCGGCAAAAUAAGAUUUAGACGCAUUCCCUCUUGGUGAAUGUAAACAUAACAACAUUAGGACUGAGAUAAGGAAGCCUGUUUCGCCGUGGGAAGUUACAUUAGGCCACCUGUAGCGUAGAAAUGUUGCUGUAAAUGGGGGCUUAUGAUUCGCUCUGAGAUGGGGCAGUGGCACGACAGUGGACCAUUUUCCCACCACUUGUUCAUCCAGGCGACCUUAUGUGACCAAUAUCCGCAAAUGCAACUAGGGCAAUAGACAACAGAUGCAGGAGUAGGCCAUUCGGCCCUUCGAGCCAGCACCACCAUUCACUGUGAUCAUGGCUGAUCAUCCCCAAUCAGUACCCCAUGCCUGCCUUCUCCCCAUAUCCCCUGACUCCGCUAUCUUUAAGAGCCCUAUCUAGCUCUCUCUUGAAAGCUUCCAGAGAACUGGCCUCCACCGUGUUUGACUUAUAUUAACUAUCUGUUGUUGAUUGAGAUUAUGACUAAUUAAUAUUAUGACUAAUUAAAUCAUUAAUACCCAUGUAGUGGAUGAUAGUUAUAGGAAAACAUAUAGCCAAGGACGAAGUAUAUUUUCGUAGUUGUAUCUAACACAAAAUAAAACUAGGUUAACUGCACAGUAUAACUGUCGGCUAAUUCUGCUGUAAAGUCAGAGAACUGGUGAGCAGUUAACAGCCGCCAUCUCUCCAUAAUAUUAUGCAAUAAAAUCUCUUGA